AAGAAAAAAAAAAAACCAGCUAAAAUUUUAAAGCAGCUUAAUACACUUUUUUUUUUACUUCUUCGUCGGUCUUUUGCAUAGCUCGGACGUACAAUAACUGACUGACGCUAGUAAUGGAUAUUCAAGGUUACACUCCUCAAUCGGAGGCAUCCCAAACACUCACUUAUGCAAACGUGGAACGCUUCGAUUUAUCGCCAUCCCCCAAUUUCAAAAAGCCUGACGAUAAUAAUACACCCCUACUGACCCCGUCGAGCAUGCCGAAUCUUCUAUCCAAACUGCCUGAUUAUGUACCGCCCCCCGUCGAUGCUGCGCUCCAACCCACUUCGACCUCAGUGGUCCCACCCGUCAUCAAGGAUGAAACUUUGACAUUGUCAACCACCGAUGUAAAAGAGGAAACCAACUAUGCAGCUGACCCUCUUGAACAAGUCGAUUAUGCAGCCAACGCAAUGAAAAACGAAAUGCAAGAUUUUAUCCCCACCGAAGCUUCCAUGGAUCCCGUCCUGCUCUUGCGCAAAUACGAUAAACGAAAAAGUAGUCCGGCUAUUCUCGGUUUGCCUUUUGAUCUAAGCAAUGACGAUCAGAUGAGUCUGCAUUUAUCACAACAACGCAACUCCAUUGAAGCCGCCAUGUUGCUCGCCAACUUUAACCGAUUACCAACUCUCGAUGCCAAACCAGGCGACACGCAAUGGCAAGAUGAUAUGUCACUUCCUAUGCAGACGCAAGAUAAAACGGCUUGGGUGAAUGAGAACGACGUCGAAGCGAUACGACGGCACUCGUACGAUGUGAAUAUGAAUUGGAAAUCGAUGCCCGAAUCGUUCUUGAAUCGACCUGAUUUACUAUCCACCGCACCGGUAACAUCUGCGUCGUCUUCGCAACCUCUGGUCAACGCUUCGGGGGAUCUGUAUGCAUCAACCACGUCCGUAUCGAUGCCUAGUAACGCUACCAAGGUGACCUGGUCAAAUGAAGAUGUCUUGCAACCUCCGUCCAUGGAUUAUUCACAGCUCCCUGCCGCGAAUUCACCACGAUCCCUACCGCCGCCGCCAUCGGCUUCGUCAGUGGGCGGAUAUCGACCACCUCCUUUCCCAUCUCAUAUGUACCCGCAACCAAUGUAUUCGGCGGGAGGUUAUCCUCCUCCUCGUCCAAUGCAUCAUCACAUGAGCCCCGAUCGAUUUCACCCAUUAGCACCUUCCAGUAUCCAUCCUCUUGCCAGUCCUCGCGAUAUUAUCGGACAAAAGCGAGAUCAUCCUGUGGAUGAAGGCUAUUACGUCCGUCCUCACUAUCCUCCUACCGCCUCGUCUCCUCCUCCACCACCACCCCACUAUGCAGUUCCGCAACCCCAUCAGCCUCCGCCCGUCCAUCCGCAUUACUUUUACCCUGGAAAACUACCUAUUCCGACGUCUGGGUCCGCCAUGGCUUCCAGUAUGGUCGCUGACAUGAAUCAUCCGGCCCUGAAACCGAAACGAAAACGUGCUCGCAUGGAAGACAAUAACGAAGAAGAGAUUCCAGCGAACGAAAAUGAGUUUCCCGACAUGUCGCCUCGAGAUAUUGAAGCGGCUCGCAAUGAUCCCGAAGCAAGACCACGAAAGCAGAAGUUGCGGUUUCCCGGAGAUCACUACACACCUCAAUGGGUGCGAUACAAUGGUCAAGCUAAAGAAGGCUUGUGCGAUACAUGUCAACCGGGCAAAUGGUUGCAGCUUAAAAACAGUGCCUUUUGGUAUCACAAACAAUUCUACCAUGGCAUUUCUUCGGUCUCUGGCAAAGAGUUUGUUCAGCCCCUGGAAACUCGAUGGGUAGAUCAGGAUCUGGUAGAAGGACUGUGUCACCAGUGUCAUCAGUGGGUGGCGGUGAGUAACGUCAAGAGGAAGAAUAGUGUACUUUGGUACCGGCAUGCACACAAGUGUCAUGUUUAUCAAAAACCCAAGAAUAGCGCUCCGAAAAAACGCUAAGAUACUUUUCAAGCACAUUUGGCAUUUUCUAUAAUGGGAUGUGUAUGCGUGUAUUGUAUUGUUUUAAGUAUUGCUACUGCUGCGAUAUACUCCAGAUAGAUCUGUAUUGGAUGGUCUUUUUGGAUUGCUACUUUUGUAUAUAUUCCUUUUUUCCCUUUUCUUCUCUUUCUUUCAAAAAAACUAUGUACAUGGCGCCUUGUAUUCAUUUUAAUGAACAAUCCAAACUUUCCAC